AUGUCGGCGCUGUGCGAUCCCUCCGGGCCCCCGGCCCCACCCGCGCCCGCGGCCCACGGGCCCGCGUCCCCGCUCAGUGCCCAGGAGCUGGCUCAGGAAAUCAAGGCUUUUCUGACUGGCGUUGACCCUGUCCUAGGCCAUCAACUCUCUGCCCGUGACCAUGCCCGCUGUGGCCUCCUCCUGCUGCGCUCCUUGCCCCCGGCCCGGGCAGCCGUCCUCGACCACCUGAGGAGCGUCUUCGACGACAGCGUCCGGGCCCACCUGGCCACGCUGGAUGACAGUGCCGUGGCGGGCCCGCAGCAUCUCCGCGCGCCACUCCCUUCCCAUGCUCCCGCCGGGGGUCCUGGCCUGGAGGAUGUCGUUCAGGAGGUGCAGCAGGUGCUCUCCGAGUUCAUCCGGGCCAAUCCCAAGGCCUGGGCCCCCGUGGUUAGUGCGUGGUCCAUCGACCUGAUGGGACAGCUGAGCAGCAAGUACUCUGGCCGCCACCAGCGGGUGCCCCAUGCCGCGGGCUCCCUUAAUGAGCUGCUGCAGCUGUGGAUGGGGUGCCGCGCUACCCGGACCCUGAUGGACAUUUACGUGCAGUGCCUGUCUGCCCUCAUCGGGAGCUGUCCUGACGCCUGUGUGGACGCUCUCUUGGACACGUCUGUCCAGCAUUCUCCCCAUUUUGACUGGGUCGUGGCCCACAUCGGCUCCUCGUUCCCCGGUACCAUUAUCUCUCGCGUCCUGUCCUGUGGACUCAAGGAUUUUUGUGUCCAUGGUGGGGCUGGAGGGGGAAGUGGGGGAGCAGGCGGCCCCCCUCCGACCCCAUCAGCAGAUGUCUUCCCUUCAACCCCUGCUGUCCCUGGAGAGAAGCGCGUGCCUAAGAUUGCAUCUGUGGUAGGGAUCCUGGGGCACCUGGCCUCACGCCACGGGGACAGCAUCCGCCGCGAGCUCCUUCGCAUGUUCCACGAGAGCUUGGCAGCAGGCUCUGGGGGGCGUGGGGGUGACCCCUCCCUUCAGGCCACAGUGCCCUUCUUGCUGCAGCUGGCGGUCAUGUCGCCAGCCCUGCUGGGCACCGUCUCGGGGGAGCUGGUGGACUGCCUGAAGCCGCCGUCGGUCCUGAGCCAGCUUCAGCAGCACCUCCAGGUCUUUGGCCGAGAGGAGCUAGACAACAUGCUGAGCCUGGCGGUCCACUUGGUGAGCCAGGCCUCUGGGGCCGGGGCUUACCGGCUCCUGCAGUUCUUGGUGGACACGGCCAUGCCGGCUUCUGUCAUCACGCCCCCUGGCCUGGCCGUCCCCGACGCCGUCCGGGAGGCCUGUGACCGGCUCAUCCAGCUGCUGCUGCUGCAUCUCCAAAAGCUUGUGCAUAAUCGGGGAGGGUCCCCUGGGGACGGGGUCCUGGGCCCUCCGCCCCCGCCCCGCCUGGUGCCCUUUCUGGAUGCCCUGCGGAGCCACGUCGGGGAGCUGUGUGGGGAGACCCUGAGGCUGGAGCGGAAGCGUUUCCUUUGGCAGCACCAGCUCCUGGGCCUGCUGUCUGUCUACACGCGGCCCAGCUGUGGGCCGGAGGCCUUGGGCCAUCUCUUGAGUCGGGCCCGGACCCCGGAAGAGUUGAGCCUGGCCACACAGCUGUACGCUGGGCUGGCGGUCAGCCUCUCUGGCCUGCUGCCCUUGGCCUUGUGCAGUUGCCUGGCUCGCGUCCACGCGGGGACGCUGCUCCCCCCCUUCACAACCAGGCUGCUCCGGAACCUGGCUCUGCUGGUGGGCUGGGAGCAGCAGGGUGGCGAGGGGCCCGCUGCCCUGGGGGCCCGUGUUGGCGAGGCGGUCUCUGCCCAGCUUCCUGACCUGGCUCCGCUCCUGCUGCACCCUGAAGAGGAAGUCGCUGAGGCGGCCGCGUCCCUGUUGGCCAUCUGCCCCUUCCCUCGGGGGGCCCUGCUCCCCGCCCAGCUCCUGAGCUUGGUGAGGGCUGGCGUGUCUCGGUUCUUCGCCUCCCUGAGGCUUCACGGGCCCCCGGGCGUCUCCUCGGCUUCACGUCUGCUGGCACGGCUCUCUCAGGCCUCCCCCGCUGGCCUCAAAGCCGUCCUCCAGCUUCUGGUAGAGGGAGCUUUGCAUCGGGGCAAUGCCGAGCUGUUUGGGGGUGAAGGAGAAGGGGCAAGCGAGAACGUGUCCGCCGCCUCGUCCGGUUCGGCUUCUGCUUACCUGCUGGAGACCAACAGACGGCACACGGCGGCGGUGCCGGGCUCCGGGGGCGUCUGGUCGGUGUUUCACGCCGGAGUCAUCGGCCGGGGCCUGAAACCUCCCAGGUCGGCCCGCUGCCGCGGCGCAGAGGAAGUGGCCUACAACACGCAGAGCCUUCUCCGCCUGUUGGUGCGCUGCUGUAGUGUCUCGGGUGGCACUGGAACCGGCGACUGCUGGGGAGCCCCGGCGCUGAGCCCCGAGGCGGCCAAAGCGGUGGCAGUUACCGUGGUAGAGAGCGUGUGCCCAGAUGCGGCCGGGGCCGAGCUGGCCUGGCCCCCUGAGGAUCACGCUCGAACCACAGUGGAGCGGGACCUCCGCAUCGGUCGCCGGUUCCGGGAGCACCCGCUGCUCUUUGAGCUGCUGAAGCUGGUGGCCGCGGCGCCGCCGGCCCUGUGCUACUGCUCCGUCCUGCUGAGGGGCCUCCUGGCGGCCCUCCUGGGUCACUGGGAGGCCUCUCGCCACCCGGACACCUCCCAGUCGCCCUGGCAGCUGGAGGCCUCGUGUGCUCUGGUGGCCGUCAUGGCCGAGGGGAGCCUGCUGCCCCCAACCUUGGGCAACAUGCACGAGGUGUUCGGCCAGCUGGCGCCCUUUGAGGUGCGGCUGCUGCUGCUCAGCGUCUGGGGCUUCCUGCGAGAGCACGGUCCCCUGCCCCAGAAGUUCGCUUUCCAGCCCGACAGGGGCCGCUUUGCCAGGGACUUCUCCAGGGAGGGUGGUGGAGCUGGGGGGCCCCACCUGGCCGUCCUACUGGGGGGGGGGGGGGGGGGGGGGGGGGGCGGGCGCUGGGCGGGCUGGGACAGAGGAAACAGGCCAAUGGCAGCGCGGCAGGUUGAGGACACGCCUAUCAAAGGCUGCCUGCUCCUUAUUCCCGCCUCCCGGCUCCCGUCCAUCAUGGCCUGCGCUUCGCCCAUAGGCCGGCUUGUCUUCGUGCUCUUGGGUGGCCAAUCACCUCCCGGGACGGGAGGGCGCGCGGGGCCACGUGUCCCUGCGUGA